CUUCGUUGGUUUGGUUAUUUCAGUGUUAUAUUUUCUUGUAGGGUUUACGUUUUAAACCUUCAUCAGUGUACCGCUACUGAGAUGCCGUUAGCCUGUAUAACACUCGUGUUUUCUCGUUGUCAUGUAGAUAAUAAUGAUCGUUUGGGUAAUUCAUUUCGCCUUCCGUUAAGCUUACUUAUUAACGUUACUGUCCACAGCGCAUGUCACUACUUGAGAGAAUAAAAUUCCCCUUUCAUUCGUUGCUUCAUCGUGAGUUUGAAUAGGUGCCGAUGUAUUAACAAAAGGUCUCGGUAUUUUGGUGUGGUUUACGCUAACAAAGAGCAAUAAAGUGACGAUCUAUCUUGUAGUAGCGGGCAGUGUUUGAUACAGUACAGGAAUUCUCAUGACGGCAUCUGUUGUCUGCACGAUACAUUAAAAUUCGUCAUUAGACUAAAUUGAAUAACCACUGGGGACAAAUGUAAACAAGAUACAACUUUAAAACAGCAUAAUAAUAAUGUCGCUCGCAUUACUAUUGGUCCAAAUGACCCUUUUUGUCUCAUUAUUAUCGUUCAAUUCGAUUGAAGGCCGUCGAAAAGAACCAGCACUAUCUAAGUUAGAUAAAAUGAGGCAUGACUUCCUCGAGUUGGAGGAGAAAUUGUGGUAUGACCUCGACUCGCGGAUUGGAAACGAAGUGAAAUUUCCGGAAGUAGAUCUGAUAACAAAAUUUGAAGCCUUCGACGUAGGACAAAUACAAAAGGAGAUGGUACAAGACAUAUCUGAAGGGCUACAAGAAAGUUUGGCAAGUGUAUGGAUUUGGCAAAUGACUAAUAUGGAGUUAAAGACCAUUCGUUCUCAAUACGAAAGUUUCCGAAGAUUUCAAAGACUGCAAACAGCCAUUAAUCGAAUACCGAGUCCUCAACAAGCUUGGCUCGACUUAGUUCAAACUUUCAUGAACAGUUCAAAUUCUAUUGUGGAUUCACAAGAAAACAUAGCUAUCUAUAUUAGUAAGGACAACCUUUUCAAGGAAUGUCUCAAGGAAAUUGAAGGGGACAUGCGCUGCAACACUAAGCAAUCCCCACAACAAGUACUUUUCAAUCUGUACAAAAGCAUAGCACUAACUGAAUUGAAAGGGUACAUGAUGAUGCAAUUUUCGUAUAUGCUUUUAAAAUUGUAUAACAAAGGAAAUUUUACGAAAGAGGCCUCUAUAAUGAAGGAAAGGUAUGCCGAGCGAACAACGGCAGCGAUUCAAUCAGUUAAGGAGGCAAUGGCGGAUGCCUCGAGAGAAUUUUGGAGAUGUGAUCCACAAAAACACGUUUUAAAUGAAUCCUAUAUAGAAAUAACAAAUUUGUUACAGGGAUAUGUACAAAAUGAGGUAGAUUUAAACCCCGAAGGAACAUGCAGGGAAAAUUGUGCGUACUAUUCGUACACUAAAAGUCACUCGUGCUACCAAAAUCUCUACUGUCAGCAGCAAAGACGCUGCAAUGGGAGAAUAAUCGAUUGUCAGUUCAUAGAUUCAGAUGCAUGGGUUUGUCCAGCGGAUGUGAAAAGUGGACGUCGGUACGAAUAUAUUGAAUACGAAAAUGGAAGAACACUAGGGAGAAAACAAGGAUGUCCCAAGGGGCCCGUCAAAGUAGACAGUUGGUGGAGAUGGCUAUUCUGGCACUGUUCAUAUUGCUUCUGCUUAUGCGACGAAGAGAGCGUCUAUUCAGACAGAUAUAUUAAUAUGAGAUCAGCUAUAGCCGAUGUAGUAAACAACAGGGUCGUCACGGGACUCAGAUUCGUCAAAAACAAUCGCAUAAUACACCUUCAGAUUCAAGAAGGCAAACUACUUCCUGGUGGUGAAAUAGACGUGACAACCAUCCAUUGGGUACCAGUUGAAAAUUAUCGCAUCACCGAUAAGAAUACAUUCAACGGUCAAGACUAUCACACCCUCACUUCAACUGAAAGGGAAAUCGAUUUAGACGAUUUAAUUGCCGAUGAUGGACAUGUUUUGACAGGGGUUCGUUUUAAAAAAGUGGGUCAGCAUCUCAAUUUUGAAAUAUAUAUUACACCAUUCAAUUUCUCGUCUGGACAGUUAAUAGAUCCGUUGCAUAUGAGCGUUUGGAAAGAUAAUCUUAUUUCAUCAAGGAAAGUUCUGAAUAUGGAAAAAAUGGAUGUACCGAUAAGAAGUCCUCUACCCUCUGUGCCAGACUCUAAAUCACAACAAGUUUUACAAUUCACUCAUACUGAUAUGGACCGAGAUGCGUCCCAAACAACGGUGCCAUUUAUUGAUGCUCAACCGGUAGAAUUAAUGAUACCAGUUCCAUUAGCUGGCGCAGGAAUUUAUCACAAAGGACGUCCUCAUUUUGGAGGGUUCAUAGCUCCAAAGAUAAUUACUUAUGACUACAGUAAACAUUUGCAAGCUGGGUUUCCCGAGGACGCAGAGAAAGUUCACUAAGCAAAUGCGUGGGCACCUUUAUUGAAAGAAUUCCCUUUUGUUUAAAUUUUCUUUUUUUCGUGAUAUUAAAAAUAAUUUUACGUAAUGAACAAAACAAAUUAAGUUAAUUUAAAAGAAUACUGUGACCUGUUCUCCUGUGACAUGUAUGACAACAUAAUGAUUAUCCUUAAUAUAAGUUUUUUUACAACAG